UAAACAUGUGCAAGAUGAUAUAGCCUACAUAACUCUUUCACAGAGGAGAGCUUAGUCCAGAAAGCAAAGUUAGAGAUAGAAAAAUGGUAUUAAUUCAGUUAUCAUCUCUAGUCUCAGAAUUGUCGCACGGACAGGCUUUCUUAUGUCUGUGUAGUUUAUUUAUUUCCCUUAUUGUUCUUUUGCUGAUCCGACAGCUUGUGAAGCAGAGGAGACCCCGAGGAUUCCCUCCUGGACCGUCACCUAUCCCUGUCAUAGGGAACAUUAUGUCUCUAGCAACAGAACCGCACGUCUUUAUGAAGAAACAGAGUGAAAUCCAUGGGCAGAUUUUCAGUCUUGAUUUGGGAGGCUACUCAGCAGUGGUUCUGAAUGGAUAUGAUGCCAUCAGAGAAUGCCUGUACCACCAGGGUGAUGUCUUUUCUGACCGGCCAUCGCUGCCUUUAUUUAUGAAAAUGACAAAAAUGGGAGGACUUCUGAAUGCUAAAUUUGGCAACGGAUGGAUUGAACAUCGUCAACUGGCCAGCAACUCCUUUCGUUACUUUGGAAGUUUUCAAAUGCCCCUCGACCAGAAGAUCUUGGAAGAGUGCAUGUUUUUCGUGGAUGCCAUCGACGAACACAAAGGGAAACCCUUUAACCCAAAGCACCUGGUGACCAAUGCUGUGUCCAACAUCACCAACCUCAUCAUCUUCGGCGAGCGUUUCACGUACGACAACUGUGACUUCCAGCACAUGAUCGAGAUCUUCAGUGAGAAUGUGGAGCUGGCCGUCAGUGGCUGGGCCUUCCUUUAUAACGCCUUCCCAUGGAUCGAGUACCUCCCCUUCGGAAAGCACCAGAAGCUGUUCCGCAACGCAGCCAAGGUCUAUAACUUCCUGGAGCAGAUCAUCAGGCGCUUCUCAAAGGGCAGAGUGUGCAACUUCCCGCGCCACUACAUCGAUGACUAUCUGAACAAGUUGGACAAGAGUGCUGGCGACUUGGGCACCCCGUAUUCCAAGGAGAACCUAAUCUACUCUGUGGGCGAGCUCAUCAUCGCGGGCACGGAGACCACCACCAACACCCUACGCUGGGCUAUGCUCUACAUGGCCCUCUACCCCAACAUUCAAGAGAAGGUGCAUACAGAGCUGGACAGUGUGCUGGGAAGUGAGAAGUCCCCCUCGCUGGCGGACAAAAAGAGGAUGCCCUAUGUGGAAGCAGUGCUACAUGAGGUCCUGCGCUUCUGUAACAUCGUGCCCCUGGGCAUCUUCCGCGCCACCACUCAGGACACACUGGUGAGCGGCUACAACAUCCCCAAAGGCACCAUGGUCAUCACCAACCUGUACUCUGUGCACUUUGAUGAGAAGUACUGGUGCGACCCUGGAACCUUCUCACCACAUCGCUUCCUGGACAGCAAUGGAAACUUUGUCAGACGGGAAGCUUUCCUACCCUUCUCUCUGGGGAAGCGUCACUGUUUGGGCGAGCAUCUGGCCAGGAUGGAGAUGUUCCUGUUCUUCACCACCAUGCUGCAGCGCUUCCACCUGCAGUUCCCUCCCGGCACAGUGCCAAGCCUCACCCCCAAACUGGGCAUGACACUGCAGCCGCUGCCUUACUCCAUCUGCGCCGUCCGCAGGCAGCAGUGACAGAUUCUCAGAAGGCACAGCCCGAAGGGGUGAGGG